CAUGUGUUGGGUGCUACAUAUACCACACGUGUCAUUUUAAAGGCUGCUCCUGCUUGUUUGUCUUCAGGUUAGAAAAAUGGCUUCAGAUGAGCUGGUGGUGGCUGCCCUGGGUCGACCUUUCACCUUAGGCAUGCUGUAUGAUGCUCGCGCAGACAAGCUGAUCCCAGGUGUCACCUUGUGGGAUGCUAAAACUCGACAGGAGAACACAGCUGAGAGGCCUCAGCCCAGCAGCUCAUUUGCAGUUUCUACAUCUGAUUCCACUGCAGAAAAGUCAACUCUCCUUGAUGUCGAUGCUUCUCUGAAGGUCAGUUUCCUCGGCGGAUUGAUUGAAGUUGGAGGAUCUGCCAAGUACCUGAAUGAUAUGAAACAUUCCCAUCAUCAGAGCAGAGUCACGCUUCAGUACAAAGCUACCACCAAGUUCAAACAAAUGUUUCUGGCUCCUCUGGACGCCAAGAAUAAGGAACAAAUAGGUCAGAUUGAGCAGAGUUUGGCGACACAUGUAGUCUCAGGCAUCGUUUAUGGGGCACAAGCUUUCUUUGUGUUUGACAGUGAAAAGUCUGAGGACAGCAGCGUUCAGGACAUACAGGGCCACAUGGAAGCCGUGAUAAAGAAAAUUCCAUCAUUUCAAAUUGAAGGGAAAGUUGAUAUCAAACUGACGGACAAAGAAAAAGCCCUGACUGAUAAAUUCUCCUGCAAGUUCUUUGGUGACUUUGUCCUUGAUGUUAACCCUUCGACCUUCGUUGACGCUGUAAAGACCUACAUGGAUCUUCCAAAGCUGCUGGGACCAGAUGGAGAGAAUACUGUUCCAGCGAUGGUCUGGCUGAUGCCCCUGAAGACUUUACAUUUCCAGGCUCCUGAGGUGGUGAGAAAGAUCAGCGUUGGAUUAGCGGGAAAAGCAGAGAAUGCUUUUGAAGACGUGAAUCAACUGAAAAUGAGAUGCAAUGCUUCUCUGGAUGACAGAGUGGUCCAACAUCUUCCACAGAUUCAGAAAAAGUUGAUAAAUUUCCAACAGCUGUGUAAUGAAUACACAUCUGCACUCCAACAAAACAUCACAAAGAAAAGUCAGUCCAUUAAGGUGGGCAUGACAGAGGAAAGUGAGUUGGAACAACUCUUUGAAGACAGACACUCGUCACCAUUCAACAACGAGAAGCUCAACAGGUGGAUGGAGUGCAUGGAAAGAGAGAUCAAUGUCAUUAGAUCCUGUGUGGAGAUGAUGGACGGAAUACAGAUGGUCUCAGAUGAGUCUGAACUGGAUCGAUGUGUUCUGGCACCAGGGGUGGAAGACGCCUUCUGCUUUGUCUUUACCUCUGUGGAAUGUGAAGAUCCCUACAUUAAAGCUUUGGCCAACUACGCAGCUUCACUGAAAUUAGGAAGUGCAGUGGAUGUCAGUCCAUGCGGUCAGGACCAGUGGUUCUUCUCAGACCAAGUGUUAACCAGAAUGAGAGAAAAAGCACAAGAUUUCCAAGAUCUUUCCAAACGUCGUAAGAACAGCAGGUUUUGUUUUCUCAUAGCGGCUCUGACCAAUGACAAGUACCAAGGAGCAAGUAUCUACUACUACCACAACGGCAUUCUGAUCACCGAGGACACUUCAAAGCCUGAACAGCCUCCUGCUGAGAAAACAACCGACAGAAGUGCCCUCCUGUGGUAUGCCUGUGAUCUCACGCUGGACCCAAACACCGUCAGCAAUUACCUGACUCUUUCUGAUGACAACAAAAAGGUGACACAUGCGGAGCUGCAGUCGUACCCUGAUGGUCCAGACAGGUUCGUGCUGCCUCAGGUCCUAUGCAGGGAGCCGCUGAUCGGCCGCUGGUACUGGGAGGUCGAAUGGGGUAACAGGUAUCGGGAGGACAUCGGCGUCGCUGUCACAUACCGAGCAAUCGAACGAGAUACUAAGACCUCUUCUUAUCUGGGACUUAAUGAUUUGUCGUGGAGUUUAGGUCACAAGACAAAGGAAAAGAACGUCAUCCUCUAUUUAGAGCAUGAUACGGAGACAAAGGAAGUUCCUAUUCCAAAUGACGGCUUCAAGCGUCUUGGUGUGUUUCUGGAUUGUUUCAGCCACACUCUGACUUAUUAUCGUGUCUCAGGCAGCAGUGUCGCUGCCCUUCACACGUUCACGGCGGAAAUCACUGAACCACUUUUCGCAGCCUUCAAGAUCUGGACCAAAGGCUGCUACGUGAAGCUGCUGUAGCCUCAUUGAUUUGGUCUGAUGGUCUCAGGCGUCCAGUCUGUGCUCCAUCUGGACGUUGGCUGCAGUCAUAGUCUGAACUUCAGGAAGAGUUGAGGAUGAUUUUAAUUUGAUUUGAAUCUGUAGUGAUGAUUUAGAAGUUGAUUUGGAAAUUGUGAGUCAGAAGAGAAUCUGUGGUGUCUACAACCAUUGACCUUCCUUUGAUUCAGUUUAACUUUGUGUGAGAGGUCAUAGAGGUCACCCAGAGUCAGGUGUUCAGUUGUGUUACUGGAACCUUCAGUCAGAAUGAUGAAUGAGGUCAUGGCUGAGAACCUGAGGGUGACCUGGGAGUGGAUGGAGACGGUUACAGCAUUGGUCAGAGGAGAACCAACAUCACCCGAAGGACCACGAACACCUGCAGAACUCCUCAACAUGUCUGUCCCCCUCCAAAAAAAACCUAGGAGUUCGUCUUCAUUUGUUGAGGUGUGACUGACGUUGUCCCUGAAUCCAGCUCACGAUUUUCUGCCACGUCUCCACAAACUCUGUGCAGCAGAAUAACAACAUUAAUCAGGAGUCGUCGUGUUUUCAGAAGUCGUCAUUAUUGUGAAACUGUAACCGUUAUUGCAGACUUGUAAUCAAUUAUCACCUAAUCACUGAAUUAUCAACAUUUAAUCACCUCUGAAUGUUGUUCACAUUAUAAAUGAUUAUUUUUCAUUUAUCGCUGGGAAAAUCAGGUUUUAGUUUAAUCAGAA